UGGGCCUCUCACUGCUGUGGCCUCUCCCGUUGCGGAGCACAGGCUCCGGAUGCGCAGGCUCAGCGGCCAUGGCUCAUGGGCCCAGAGGCUCCGCGAUAUGUGGGAUCCUCCCGGACCGGGGCAUGAACCCGUGUCCCCUGCAUCGGCAGGCGGACUCUCAACCACUGCGCCACCAGGGAAGCCCUGAGGCUGUUAUUCUUGUAUAAGUUUUCUGCCUCCUCCUCCAGUCUGUCCCCGUCUCCUUUGCCAUUGUCAGAAAACCUCCCUCUUAGUAGUUCUCUGUUUCUGGACUGUGGUGGGCUGAGAAACUGAAUAACCACGCCAGUUCGAACUGUGGCUAAAAUAAGAGGAAGUGGGCCUGCAGCAGAAUACAGAGAAUUCACAUAUGAAUGUAAGUGCAUAAGCCUUGGUGCAGAAGUAGCCUCACUGCUUAGAGGCUUUUUUCUUCCUUCCUUUCUAAUUUUCGGUCACGUGGUUAAAUUGCUGGUUUAAUUGUGCUUCAAAGAAGAGAUGGUUAGGGACAUGAGACUGUCUGGAAUAGAAGUGGUCCAAAGAGUUUUUUGAGUGAGAACUACUGCUUGACUGAUUUCCCAUCAAGUUGGGACAAAGGGCAGAAUGAAGAGGUGAGCAUAAGAAAUAUUGAUUUUUUAAAAUAUAUGAUAGGCCUAUUUAGUUUAGGAUAGUAAUUAGGUUACUUGUUCUAUUAACCAACCAAAGACCAGUUAAACAAAAGCACUUGGACUAUAAAAGUCUUUAGGAAAUAACCUCAUCUGGUACUCUGGUUUCCAUGUUGUCAUGAACAUUAUGAAACUGUCUAUCUGGAAGGCUCCCUACUGAUAAUUCUUUUUUUAUUACUCUCUAUAAAUUCUAAUCUUUGGAUUUUUUGUUGUAUUGAGACACAGUGGUUAGGUUCCAAGAUUCUGGUGGACUUUUCAUGUGCUCAUUUGCUUUGCUUCCCGGGAACCAGAGUUUGCUCUGAGUCAUGCGCCAUCUGAUUUAUCUCAGAUCCAGCUUGUGGAGCUCUGACUCAGCCGCGCUUCAGGCCUGAUUGCCCAGCUCAUCUUCUGAGGAAUGGAGGGCAAGGCCAGGACGAGUGUCCUGACACAUUUUUCCCUUUUUCCUCUUGCACUCUCAGGAUCUGAAGAGAACCUCAUUACCGACAGCAGGCAGGUGCGCCUUGCCACGGGGCUGUUCCCCGUCAUCAGCCUCCUGAACCAUUCCUGCAGCCCCAAUACCAGCGUGUCCUUCAUUAGCACCGUCGCCACCGUUCGGGCAUCUCAGCAGAUUAGAAAAGGGCAAGAGAUUCUCCACUGCUAUGGGCCCCACAAGAACAGGAUGGGUGUUGCCGAGAGGCGCCAGAAGCUGAGGUCUCAGUAUUUCUUUGACUGCAACUGUCCCCCUUGUGAACGUGAGGAGCAGGGACCCUCGCAGGGGCCCGGGCGGGAAGCCUUCUGUUGUCACCGUUGCAGAGCACUCCUGCAGGGAGAUGAUGUUCUGAGCUGUGGCAGCACAUCUUGUACGGAAUCAGUCAGCAGAGAUCACCUAGUCUCUCAGCUACAGGACCUUCAGCAGCAGGUGGGGAUAGCCCGGAAGCUUCUCAGAAAUGGCGAACUAGAGGGAGCCAUUCAGCUGUUGUUGGGAUGCCAGCAUGAUGCUGAGAGCUUCCUGUUGGCGGAACACGGCAUGGUGGGAGAAAUCGAGGAUGACCUGGCCCAGGCCUACGCUGCCUUAGGGGACUGGGAGAAGUCAGCCACCCAUCUACAGAAGAGUCUCCGAGUGGUUGAGGUUCGCCACGGGCCAUCCAGUGUUGAGAUGGGCCAUGAACUCUUCAAACUGGCCCAAAUCUUCUUCAAUGGGUUUGCAAUACCCGAAGCUCUGAACACAAUACAACAGGCAGAAAAGGUUCUGCUGGUGCACUGUGGCCCUUGGAAUGACGAGAUCCAGGAGCUACAAAAGAUGAAAUCCUGUUUGUUGGACUUGCCGCCCAUCCCUGUGGGACCCAACGAAUAGGGUCCCAAGGGGACCUUGACCCACAGGAACGGAGCCCGUAUGGGAGGAGUUAAAGAGGGUCUGUUGCUGCUGAGCUGUCGCCAUACAAUACAGGACUUGCCCGACAGUCACAAGCCCCGUGUAUGAGGGGAGGGGAGGGCUUAGAAAGCUUUGCAGUUGGAGACGUUCUCACCUAUUUUGAUGAAUGUUUCUCGAAGUAGCUAACUGCUCUGCAACAAAAACUCCCGGUUCCCAGAAAAAACUUAAAACUGGUAUCUGGAGAGCCUAAGCCCUUUAAAAGGAUUUUAGCUGAUCUGCAGGCAUCUGGAUGUUAGCCUGGGGUUUUGGCUAGAUGCCACCUCACUAAAUGAUGAUAGUCUGUUUCCCUGGAACAUUCCUUUGGUUUCUAGUAGUAGUGAAAUGUUGUGCACCACUCCAGUGGGAACUUAAACUCUUAAUAGUUGUAUUGUAAUUGAAAAAUAAUUAUAAGCAAGAAAUUAGUGAGGCUCCUUACCUCUGGAGAUACAGUUUCAUUUAUGGUACCUAGCUGCCUUGAAUCCUUCGUUAAAACUGGUGGAGUAUAAAUUGUGAAUAGAGAAAUAAAUAUGGGGCCAUUUUAUUGUUGGGCAAUUUCUUCCUAGGAUGGAAACUCUUAAUUUGUUUUCUACCAGUUUUUGAGUCCUUAUUCUCUGGUUUUCAUUCUAUACUCUGGGCAGACUCACUGACCAAACACUGAUAAAAUCAAGCUUGUAGCAUUGACUUUAUAACACAUCGUUUCUGGGUUCUGUUUAUUAGCAAGCCUGAAAAGAGACCGCUUUUUUCUACCUCCCCAAGCAGGCAAAUGAAAUACAGACUGCGUAAUUACUGAGAAGGGAAAAAAUAAAAAACAACUUCAGAAGAUGCUGAGGGUGUGGGCAUUGCUGCUAGCGGUUUCAAGAGACAAUAAGUAGGAAUGAUAGCUGUUGCCUACCCCUAGUCUAAACCCCAUCGCGGUCAGAAGGCCGGGAGACUCUGGGUCCGAGCCCUGGGUGCUCUCUCACCACUGGGGAUCAAGUGGUUCAGAUGAGUUGAGAGUUUGCCCGUGCCGGCCAUGCCCAAGAAGUGGUUGCCCCGGCAUUAUAAUCAGGAACUGAAUAGCCCUGAAGCUGCCUGGCAGUAGCUUUUCAGGAAGCUGAGUGUUCAGAACAUGGUUCACACUCAAAUAUUUGAAUGAAGGGCAGGCAGAAUCGCAUUUAUCUUCCUUUCCACUAACUCACUUUGGCAAGGGCUGUGGCCAAUGAGAUGUUUUGGUAGAGCUAACUCUUUCAAGAAGAAAAAUUUAGUCUUGUGACCAAUUCUGUAGUUCUUUUCCAAACACUUGGCAUGUUUCAUGUUCCUGAAAAAGGAGGUUCUGUUGUACUUUGUAAAAUAGGCCCCCUUCCUUAAAAAGAACAUGUGUAGAAUUUUACAUAGCAUACCUCAUUUUAUGUGAACUUGAGAGCUUUCUUUAAAUGCUCUAUAAAAUAAAGAAUUAUUUCCCGAAGUUACAAACUUCCUCUCUUAUCUGUCUGUCUGCAUGUUAUCCUGUGUUGUCAGGUGACAUGAGCUUGACUGGGGGAUAUCCGUGCUUGCAUUCAAACCUAAAGUCCCGUGUAUUUAAGAGCAUGGUCCACUGAUUGUGGAGACAGGAAAUUCCUUCCCAGGGGGAUUAGUGACCUAGAGUGUAAACCCCACAGAGCAGAGAAUCAAUCCCGACAUCAUACAAUGCAAACGACUACAGUUCUUAUCUCACCUGGUGACUUUCUGCAGAGUUUAGUUAGACCCAGGCU